UGUCAGCGACAUGCUUGAAAGGAGAGAAAUAUACUGUAACCUAGAUUUCAAAGGUCACAGUAAUACUGCCCCAAGCAUUUUCAAACCCAUGAUUUAUGUGCCAGUGUAUUAGCAAUAUGGAUGGUUGCAAGGUUUGGUCUGUUCUGCUGAUUAUAGUUUACAGCCUGUCCCAAAGAUGUAUGCCGUGUGGUAUUUCAACACAUAUUGAAAUAGCACACCGAGCUCUGGAAUUUUUCAGUAAACAUGAAGGGAAUGUUAACUACAGAAAGUUGUUACUAAACCAUCAGGAUGCAUUUCAGGCUGGGAGCCUUUAUCCUGAUGCCUUUUAUCCUGUUAUCUGCAGGAAUGGAAUAUUCCAUUAUGUUUCUGAAGACACUCACUGGGCACCAUUUCUCAACACUAGUAUCCAUUACAUCAGGAAGAAGUAUCCUCAGCCUUGGGAGGAGGCUACAGAGAAACUGGUGGCUUUCCUGUUUGGAAUUGCCUCACAUAUGGUGGCAGAUGUGAGCUGGCAUAGCUUGGGCAUUCACCAAGGAUUUCUAAGGACCAUGGGAGAAAUUGAUUUUCAUGGCUCAUACUCAGAUGCUCAUGGUACUGGUGAUUUUGGAGGUGACGUAUUGAGCCAGUUUGAGCUUGAUUUUAGUUACCUGAAAGCAGACUGGUAUGUACCAGUCAAAGACCUGCUAGCUAUCUAUAAGGAAUAUUAUGGCCAAGAAGUAAUAACCGAAGACACAAUUAUUGACUGCACUUACCUGCUGUUUCUCGAAUUGCAUGGAGAAAUGCUUGCUGUUGCCAAGCUUUUCCCAUCAUAUGCUAGCAAAUCUCCAUUUUUGGUGGAGAGGUUCCAGGAGUAUUUCCUUGGAGGAUUGGAUGACAUGGCAUUUUGGUCAAAUAAUAUUUUUCAGCUAGCAAGCCACAUGUUAGAAAAUGGGACUAGUGGCUGCUUCAUACCUGAGAACCCUCUGUUUAUAGAGUGCAAUGGGGAGCACAAGAACAGCGACAUAAUUAAAGAGUCCAAAAAGGAACAGCACAAGAGCAUGACUUCUUCACUCACAAAAACAAUUGAAAAGAAUAUAAAUUAUACGGAGAAAGGAGUUUAUUUCAAUAUGCAGUCCUGGGCAACCAAAUCCCUCCACUUUAUUAAUAGUGCUUUUGCAAAGAAUGUCAGGAAAGCAUUUGCAGUCAUGCAUCAGCAAUCCUCUAACCACGUCUUCAAGCCCACAGCCUCAUACUUUCUGGAAUCACCCUAUGCCAGGCUUGGAUGGGCAAUGGCCUCAGGUGACUUAAACCAAGAUGGUUAUGAGGAUCUAGUGGUUGGAGCACCAGGAUACAGCAGAUUGGGCCGUGUUCAGAUAGGACAGGUGUACAUAAUCUACAGUAAUCGGUCAGGUUUGCCUCCAGUAAACAUGGAUCUAGACAAGGAAGCGGAUCAAGUGCUGGAGGGUUGUCAGCCUUCAGGCAGGUUCGGUUCUGCCAUAGCAGUACUGGACUUCAAUGAGGACGGAGUACCAGACAUAGCGGUGGGAGCACCUUCUGUAGGAUCACAGAAUCUCACUUAUACAGGUGCUGUGUAUGUAUAUCUGGGCACUACAGGAAGAGGCUUGUCACCUUGGCCAAACAUUACCAUAAUUUGCCAGCACACAUUCUGUAACCUUGGCUGGUCACUGCUGGCUGCUGAUAUUGAUGGGGAUGGAAAGUCUGAUCUGGUUGCCGGUUCUCCUUAUGCACCUGGCGGUGGGAAGCAGAGAGGAUUUGUAGUUGCAUUUUAUUCUCACUUCAACAGGAGUGACAAAGAGCUGCUGUCAGUAGAGGAUGCCAACUGGAUGGUGAAGGGGGAAAAGAACUAUGCCUGGUUUGGAUAUUCACUUGUUAGUCACCAGUUGAAGAACAAAACCUUACUGCUGAUUGGAAGCCCUACCUGGAAGAGCUGUAUUGGUCUAGGUUGCUACAGCUCAUUGGAUACCAAACAGAGUGUUGGAAAGGUGUAUGGAUAUAACCCACCAAGCACACUAAGCUGGUUUUCCAUAACUGGAGACAUGGACAGGGGCAAACUGGGUUCGUCGUUGGCCAGUGGCUUCAUGUCUGUGGCUGGAAUUCCAAGAGAAGUGUUGGUGGUGGGUGCACCUACCUCUGACAGCACAUCUAGGAUUGCAUUUAUACCCUCAGUACUGCACCAAGCUGGAACUGUUCUGAUGUAUGACUUGACAGAUGGUGCCAAACCUUCUUUGCUCAGCACUUUCAGUGGGGACAGGAGGUUCUCUCGCUUUGGAGGAGAUGUACACUUAAAUGACCUGGACAAUGAUGGACUAGAUGAAAUUAUUGUGACAUCUCCUCUGAGAACUGACGACAUCACGUCUGUACUGUUUGGAGGGGAGGCUGGACGUGUGUACAUCUACAAUGGAAACCAGACCACCUCCGGUCAUGUGACAGACAACUGCAAAUCAUGGACUUCUCCUUGUCCUGAGGACUGGGCACAAUAUGUACUAAUUUCUCCUGAAGAAAGAUCAAGGUUUGGGAGCUCCAUCAUCACUGUGAAAUCUCAAGGAAAGGUGAGAGAAACGAACAUCACUCUUGUCUGCCAGCUUAUUUCUUGCCAACACUUGUCUGUGUUAUUUGCAUAUAUUACUUAGAAUGGCACCAUUCCUCUGCAGAUCCCAAAGUGCUUUACAGAAGCUAAUCAAGCUUCCCCAUUAAGUCACCCUCUGGGCCAAUAUUAACUCCCUUUUUAGAGUGGGUAAAAUGAGGCAAAGAGGCCAUAGCUGUCUGAAUUUCGGCACCUGAAAAGGAAUCCACUUAAAAAAACCCCAAACUUGCUCUUAGCAACUUGCCCAAGUCAGCUUGGAAAACGUGUCUGCAAGUCGGCUGCAGACUUGACUCAAUCCUGUGUUUUAACCACUAGACUACACUCCAACAGCCCGUUAUAAGCAAUGUUGAUGCUCAUGACAUACUGUAAAAUUGGCUACUGGGCAAAUGACUAUGGUCAGUAUAUAUGUAGUCUUCUAUUUUAGUGCUUGUUUCCAGUAGCACUACCCAAAGGCAAGGCCCAGUCCUUGCCCUGAUAAUCUUGGAGGGCUUCAUAUGCCCCACUCCUCUCUGGAUGAAGAUAUGAGCCUUUGGAGGGAGACAAAGUCUCUGCCUGCAUCCAGAGGUGCUGGAACAAUUUGUAUAGUGGGGGUGGCUGAGAGCCACUGAACCAAACUGUAAACCCUGAAUAUG